CGGGGAUGGAAGCAGAACAGUUUUUUGAGAGGAAAAUAUUGGGCAAGAGCGACGGAUUUGGAAUAUAUGGACAUAUUAUGAACAACAUGGUGAUUGGAUAUUUUAUUGCCUGGGUUCUUGUUUUUUGUUGUCUGUCCUUUUCUAUCAAAACUCUAGGAAAGGUAAAUCAUGCACACAUAUUGCAGACUUCUUAUAUUACAGGACUAUUUCCAUAUGUCAUGAUUACAAUUCUGGUGAUUCGGUCUGCUCUAUUGCCUGGAUCAAAAAACGGGAUAAGUUUUUAUUUAAAACCAGACAUAAAAAGAAUUUCCGACGCAAAUGUACAAAUUCUAAAUUCAAUUCAGGUUUGGAAGGAUGCUGCAUCUCAAAUAUUUUAUUCACUUUCAAUCGCUAUUGGAGGAAUAAUCUGUUUGUCGAGUCACAAUCAAUUUAAAAAUAAUGCCAUUUUCGACUCAAUCAUCGUGCCAGUUAUGAAUUGUGCGACAUCAUUUUAUGUGGGGUUCGCGGUUUUUGGCAUAACCGGAUACCUUGCUCAUUCAUCAGGAAAAACAGUCCCAGAAGUAGUACAAAACGGUAAUAGCGUUUGACUAUUUUUAAGGGUUUGGUUUGGUUUUUGUAGCUUAUCCAACUGGUCUUGCUAAACUUCCAGUAGCCCAAUUAUGGUCAACUCUUUU